CGCCCCCUCCCGCCAUGGCCCGGCCACCCGCCUCCGCCCCGGCGCCCCCCCCUUGGCCGGACUCCCGGCAUGCCCCGCGCGAGGGGGGCUCUUCCCAGCUUCCCCCGCGACCCGCGACCCCCCCUCACCCCCCAGGGACCCCCCCUUUAUCCCCCCAUGCCCCCCCCCGCGGCGGGUCCCCCCCCCAACCCCCCUACACCUCCACCCCGGAGGCCUGGCUGCCGGCCCCCCCCCCUCCCGGACGCCUGGGUUCCUUUUGGGGACCCCCCCGAGGCCCCCCUCUUCGUGUCCCCCCCCUCCCCGGGGGACCCCGAAACCCCCGCGGCCCCCCCGGGUUUUGGGGGGGGGUCCCGGCGGGUUCUUUUCGCCGACGCUUUGGGGCUCCCCCUCACCCGCUUGCGGCAAUACCGGCCCUGGGACCCCCGGGGGCGGGGAGGGGGGGGCCCGGGGAGGGGGGGGAGCGGGGAUUUUGGGGGACCCCCCUUGGGUGGGGUGGGUGAGGAGGGCGCGGGGGGGUUGGGGGACCCCCCUUGGGUGGGGGGAGUGCAGCCCCCCCCCGUGAGCUGGAUGAGGCCUGGGAAGGGCAGGCCACAGGAGGCAGAGGACGCGCAGCCCCCACCCCCCGAGCACGGUGCGGAGCCAGACCCCUCCCCAACGCCCCCCCCGGACACGGAGCAGCCCCUGGCACAGGGCGCUGAGGAAGAGGCAGUGGCGCGGGAGCUGGAGCAGCUCUACCUCUCCCACCUCCGCCGGCUGCGGGGGGAGCGGGGCGAAAACGGGGACCCCCCCCCGAGAAACGGGGGUCCCCCUUUCCCCGAACGAGCCCCCAACACUUCGUUAGCUAACGAGAUGGCGUUACGUUACGAGGAAAGGGGGGGUCGCGGCAGCCCCCCCGUUUUGUUAGGGAGGGGGGGACCGGUGGAGGGGGCUUUGGUGGUACCGGCGAGACCCCCCCGAGGGAGGGGGGCCGGUUUUGGGGGGGCCCUGAGGGGUUGUGGGGUGCUGCUGGCUUUGGCCGUGCUGGUGCCGGUGGCCUGGGGGGACGGGGGGGGCCCCACGGCCGCGCUGGCGUUGGGGCUUUACCUGGCGUUGGCUUGGUUGACAUGAAAAAAAGGGGGGGCCCCACCAAAAUUUUGACCCCCCCCCCCUAAAUUUUGACACUGCCCCCCCCAAUUUUGACACCCCUCCACCUCACAUUUUCCCCCCUGAAAAAGGUGGGACACCCUGAAAUCGGUCAAAGGAAGGGGGGGGAGGGAGUUGUGGUGGGGGCUUAAGGAACUGCACCCCCAAAUUGCCCCCACCCCACGUGGGGGCGUCGGCCAUUUUGUGGGACCCCCCCCCCGAAUGUAUGCACACCCCCUCCGUGAAUUUUGGGGUGCCCCUGUGUACAUACAGCCAUGGAAAGAUGGUC